GAGAGAGAGAGAGAGAGAGAGAGAAAGAGAGAGAGAAAGAGACGCACACAUCUUGGAGUUUAUUUCAAGUUCAGCAUCUCGCUUGUAGUCGACAUAAACGGUAUAUCCAUUUCUUUUUCCUUUUUUAACCUGAAGCAGAAGUCAUUGUCGAGUACGACAAGGGAAAACAGCGUUCAUCGAGUUCAUCGAAGUCUACAUCACCGAGCUUGUUAAAGAUAUAACGAUAACUGUCAGACAGUGAAGAUGAAGUGUUUGUCCGUUGGCAUUGUGUUUUUCGCUUGUAACUAUGUAAUAUGGGGUCAAGAUGUGAUAUUUCCAAACAACGAGGAAACAUCUCAUGUCAGCGGUGGCAACAGGACGGUAAUCACAGAACGUAUACCGGUUUUAAUACCGGGUGAAUGUCCAAAAGACAUGCUCCUCUACCCGGGCGACGGCACCAAGAGCGCUUGGGUGUGCGAUUGUAAACCCCGAUUCCUCUACUUUCCAACAAAUGAUUCCUGCCACGAGGCGUACCGGCAAGGUCCUUGUCCAUUGAACCACUUCGUCGUCCUUCCGGAGGAUAGCGCGGUGCCGCGUUGCGAAGCGAAUCCUUGUUUUCUGGACGGCGUGGUACCGUUUAACGACACGUGCCAUUUCCUCAAAUCGGCCGCUCCCUGUGGGCCAAAGGCGGUGUUGGACGUAAACGAUACCACUUUCCGACUGGAGUGCAUAAAUAUCGUGCCCUUCGUCAUAAUCUAUACAAACAGUAGAACCUGUCCGCCGGGCACUCGCAGAAGCACACUCGGCGAAUGCAAGAAAGUGGGUUAGAUCGGACUUUGAUAUAUUACGUGUACAUCAUAGUCGCGUGUACACACAGAUCAGGAUGCAGAUAUCCUCAAGUAAUAUAUUAAAUAACAAUAGGAUCGCGCGUAACAAGUUUAUCUCUUCUCCUGACGUAUACUCGAGCUACACUUGCAUUCGCUCGUUACACAUGGAAAUAUGUGUACUAUGAGAUAGACAGACAGACAGACAGACAGACAGACACAGACAGACAGACAGACAGAUAGACAAACACAGACAGACACAGACAGACAGAUACCCAGAUAGCCAAACCUGUGCGAGCAGAUUUUA